GUCAGAACUCCGCCGUCGCUCACGUUCCUCUGGCGGCCCAUGAGGCACUGCGAGAUAGCCCGGACCCAGGCCUUCGCCACAGGGAGAUGGUCUCCAGCGAGCCGCUACUACUGCCUGUGUCACUGGAGGGCGAGUUCUCCAAUAGCAUGAAGGAGAUGAUCGGUGGCUGCUGCGUGUGCUCCGACGAGAGGGGCUGGGCCGAGAACCCGCUGGUAUACUGCGACGGGCACGGCUGCAAUGUCGCAGUGCAUCAAGCUUGCUAUGGAAUUGUUCAAGUACCUACUGGACCUUGGUUUUGCAGGAAGUGUGAAUCUCAAGAAAGAGCAGCCAGAGUGAGAUGUGAAUUGUGCCCUCACAAGGAUGGUGCUUUAAAGAGAACAGAUAAUGGGGGUUGGGCUCAUGUGGUUUGUGCCCUGUACAUUCCCGAGGUGCAGUUUGCAAAUGUUUCUACAAUGGAACCUAUCGUGUUGCAGUCUGUUCCUCAUGAUCGUUAUAAUAAGACAUGCUAUAUUUGUGAUGAACAAGGCAGAGAAAGCAAAGCAGCAACUGGUGCUUGCAUGACAUGUAACAAACAUGGAUGUCGACAAGCUUUCCAUGUAACAUGUGCACAGUUUGCAGGACUUCUUUGUGAAGAAGAGGGUAAUGGUGCAGAUAAUGUCCAAUACUGUGGAUACUGUAAAUACCAUUUUAGUAAGCUGAAAAAGAGCAAACGGGGAUCUAAUAGGUCAUAUGAUCAAAGUUUAAGUGAUUCUUCCUCUCACUCUCAGGAUAAACAUCAUGAGAAGGAGAAAAAAAAAUAUAAAGAAAAAGACAAACACAAACAGAAAUACAAGAAGCAACCUGAAUCCUCACCAUCUUUGGUUCCGUCUCUUACUGUAACUACAGAGAAAACUUACACAAGCACUAUCAACAAUUCGAUGCCAGGCUCUUUGAAGCGGUUGGAAGAUACCACAGCUCGAUUUACAAAUGCAAAUUUCCAGGAAGUGUCUGCACAUACUUCAAGUGGAAGAGAUGCUUCAGAGACCAGAGGGUCAGAGAGCAAAGGGAAGAAAUCUGCAGGUCACAACUCGGGUCAGAGAGGAAGAAAACCUGCUGGUGGAAGGAAUCCAGGAACAACAGUAUCAGCUGCUAGUCCUUUUCAGCCAGGUAGUUUUUUGGGGACACCUGGCAGUGUAAAAUCAUCUUCUGGAAGUUCAGUUCAAUCUCCCCAGGAUUUUUUGAGUUUUACAGAAUCAGAUCUGCGUAAUGACAGUUACACUCAUUCCCAACAGACUUUAUCAACCAAAGAUGUACAUAAAGGAGAAAUGGGAAACCAGGAAGUGAGUGUGAAUUGUUUUAAUUCCUUAAUUGGUCUCCCUUCAGCCUCAGCAGUUGUUUCCCAGUCUAAAAACUUUGACAGCUUACCUGGAGACUUAGGUAAUACAAGCCUUACUUCAACAGGAUACAAGCGAGUCCAAACCUCUGUGCUAGAAGAAGAGACGAUAACAGAAAAGAAACGGAAAGGAAAUAAACAAAAUAAACAUGGGCCUGGUAGGCCCAAAGGAAAUAAAAGUCAGGAGGGUAUUUCGCACCUAUCAGUUUCUUCGGCUUCUCCAACAUCAUCUGUGGCAUCUGCUGCAGGGAGUGCAACAAGCUCCAGUCUUCAGAAAUCUCCAACAUUGCUCAGGAAUGGAAGCUUACAGAGUCUUAGUGUAGGAUCAUCUCCAGUUGGUUCAGGUAUUUAUAGCAGCAAUGAUGUAGCAGUAUCCUUUCCAAAUGCGGUAUCUGGCUCAGGACCUAGCACUCCCGUUUCCAAUUCUCAUUUACCUCAUCAGGCUUCUAGUCACCUGCAGCAAGUGGGGGCUUUGUCACCUUCAGCUACAGCUUCUAUAACUACUGUUGUUGCUACAACUCAGGCAAAUACUCUACCUGGAUCUUCCCUCAGUUUGCCUCCAUCCCACAUGUAUGGCAAUAGGCUGAAUCCUAAAUCAGCAAUGGCAGCACUUAUAGCUCAGUCUGAAAACAGUCAAGCAGAUCAAGAUCUUGGAGAUAAUACUCUGGGCCUUGUUGGCAGGGGAGGUUCACCCAGAGGAAGUCUCUCACCAAGAUCUCCUGUAAGCAGCUUACAGAUUCGCUAUGACCAGUCAGUGAACAGCAGUGUGGAAAAUUUGCCCCCGGUAGCUGCCAGCAUUGAACAGCUUUUGGAGAGGCAAUGGAGUGAAGGACAGCAAUUUUUGCUAGAACAGGGCACCCCUAAUGACAUUCUGGGAAUGUUGAAGUCAUUACACCAACUUCAAGUUGAAAAUCGACGAUUAGAAGAGCAGAUUAAGAACCUCACUGCUAAAAAGGAGCGCCUCCAGCUAUUAAAUGCACAGCUUUCAGUUCCCUUUCCAACAAUAACUUCAAACCCUAGCCCAUCUCAUCAAGUACAUGCAUUUCCAGCACAAGCUGCAUCUAGCACUGAUUCCUUGAACAGCAGUAAAAGCCCUCAUCUGGGGAACAGUUUUUUACCCGACAAUACUGUCCCUGUGUUAAACCAGGAAAUAACCUCCAGUGGACAAAGUACCUGCAGUUCAUCAGUUCUUUCCACUCCACCACCUUCUGGGCAGCAGGUCAAUGGUGUGACAGUGGGAGCACGAUCUAGUGGUAUGCAGACUGUAACAUCCACCAUUCCUGCAGUGGCUGGUGUGGGCGGAAUAAUUGGAGCUUUGCCAGCUAACCAUCUGGCAAUCAAUGGAAUUGUCGGGGCUUUAAAUGGGGUGAUUCAGACCCCUGCUACAAUAUCCCAGAAUCCUUCUCCUCUCACUCAUGCAGCUGUGCCACCUAGUGUAACGCAUCCUUUGCCAACAACACUAAAUAACAGUGCCUCAGGACUCGGAUUACUUCCUGACCAGCAGAGACAACUUCUGCUCCAUCAACAGCAUCAGCAAUUUCAGCAGUUACUGAAUACUCAGCAACUCACAUCAGAACAUCAUCAGGCCCUUCUGUAUCAGCUUGUGCAGCAACAGCGCCAUCAACACCAACAGCACCAGCCUGAUAUGCAGCAAUUGCAGAUCCCAGGAGCUGCACAGAUACCCAUAAAUAACCUGCUUUCAGGCACUCAGGCAUCACCCCUUCAUACAACUACAACCAACCCAUUUCUUACAAUCCACGGGGAUAAUGCAACUCAAAAAGUGACAAGGCUUAAUGAUAAAACGGGAUCGGUUGCUUCUGAAAAAAGUUGACAUUUGAGAACUGAAUAUCCUGCUGUUAUAGCACUUCAUCUAGCUGCAAACUGCAGAUCUUCCUUUCUGCAAACAUGAAGAAAUGCAACAAGGACCUAACUGCACAGCAAAGGAUUUAUCUUUAUAAAGACAUUCUUCUAAGGCUUUGAUUUAUUUUCUGGUUGCACUGAAAUGAACUACUUUUUAAGAUUUCCCAGACACUGCAAGAUAUUAAAUUCUACAAACCAUCAUUAUUUUCUCAGUAUGACAAUACUAAGUACAACUACAAAAAGUUGGAGGGCUAGUAAACUGAAAACACUUAUUCCAGCCACAUAUUACUUGGUUUUAGGAGUCUUAGCAACCAACCAACUUUGUCUCUGCUGCACUUGCAAAUGCUUUCAGAUCCAGCUUGUAAUUGGCUGCAUGGAUUUACUGUUAGGUCUUUUUGACUUUUUUAAACACGUUUUGAAAUCUGACUCAUGAUACAAAGAAUAUAAUUCUGAACUUGUCAGUCCAUCAAAUUUCGUCAGAAUAAGAAUUUCAAGGUAAAGUCCAAAAGUUAUUAACAUUAAUUUAAGUUUUUUGGAUUUCUAAGGUUGUUGCAGAAACCAGAUCAGUUUAAAUGAGCGAAAAAAAAUCUUAUCACAUACGCCACUUUGAAAAGAACUGGUAGUGUGUAGCCUAACACCAAGUGCCUGUUGCUACCUCCAUUGUUUUGAAAUGGCUGCAGGCAGCUGAGCAUGCAUUAGACAAAUCCUUGUAAGCAGAAGAAAUAUUCAACAUUGCACCAGCAGCCUUCCCCAUUGUUCUGCCUUUAUUAGAAGUGCUGAUGCCACUGUAGAUAGCUCAGGCAAAUUGUUACCUGGGUCUCUUCACUAAUAAAUUACCAACAAAAAGUGAGUCGAUAUUUAAACAUUUUCCAAUGAAAUAUACCAGUGGUUGAAAUGUGUGAACUUACUGUUAGAAUGUUUUCACUUAGCAUAAUGAUUUCAUGGCAAUCACUCUAUAUAUGCAGUGUGGUAUAGAUAAAAAUUGGAGUAAUGACCACUAAAUUGUAAAUUAUUAGUGGAAAAGGACCCAGCUGUGAUUAGACCUCCACUGUGUACUUAACUGGAAGAACAUGUUAAUUCUGCAAUAUAUCUCUUGGUUAAACAUUGCACAGUUCUUACCUCAUUUCUGUAAAUAAGGUUUUUGUGAAUCUGUUUUGUAUUGUGAUAAAUUCAUAAGAAAACAUUGAUAUUUUGAUUUGUAAUAUUUCUAAUAGGUAGAUAUAAUCAAAUAAUUUAUUUUUAUAUGUUCUUUGGCAUUUUAAAAAAUUGUCACAUCACUUGUGUGGAUAUUUUGCAAAAAGUAAAUCAGUGUGGUUUAUUUUACUUAACCCACUGGUUUGUAUUCUGUAACAAUUUGUACAAAUGAUAAAAUUAAAAUGUGCUGUUAUUUUGCCUAGAUGUAAAAUUCCAAGAGUAUGAAAAGAUAUGUACAGAGCUUUUGUUAAUAAAUUUUAAUAAUGUUCAUAGUGGUACACUUCACAACUGUGUGAAAGAUUUUUGUAGAGGUUGGAGGAUAUUCUGUCCUUCCAAUUCUAUUAAUAUUCCAUGAUGGGCCAGAUUUUAAUACUGUUGCAAUACUGUAAGAAUCAGCCAUCAGCCUUAUACUAAAAUUAUUUACGAUGA